CCGCAGCCGGAGCGGGGCCCGGGCGGCAGGACACUGCGAACAAGGUCACACAAAGAAAUUUAAGGCAAUCUGUUAAUACGCAGUGGCAUUUUUAACAACUUAUCAUCUGCUUGUAUUAGAAACUCUGAACAUUAACAGGAAAAUAACACUGAAACAGAAUGUCGCUUACCUUUUGUCUGAAAAGGUGAAAUCUUUUCAGAUAGAAAUGGCUGAUAAGGGUGGGAAGAUGCUUCCAGGACAAUUUUACAUUCAAGUGGAGUACGACUAUGAGUAUGAGGCCAAGGAUAAGAAAAUUGUAAUCAAGCAAGGGGAGAAAUACAUCUUAGUGAAAAAGACUAAUGAUGAUUGGUGGCAAGUCAAAAGAGAUGAAAAUUCCAAACCCUUUUAUGUGCCAGCACAGUAUGUGAAGGAAAUACCCCGGAAAGCACUGAUGCCACCUGUGAAGCAGGCAAGCAUGCUGCCAAACAACACCUUGAAGUUGACCCAUGGAUUACAGAGAUCAACAGAAAAUGUGAAUAAGUCACCAGAGCUUUCUAGUUUUGGAAAAUCUUCUCCAGUUCAAGUGUCUUGCUUAGUUCGAGAUGCCAAUCAAAACCUGGGACCGAACAAUAGCACCUGUCAAACUUUUGGUUUGAGUCUGGACCUUACCCAGAACAAUGGAAAACUUAACAAUGAGAUGCAAUCUCCCAAGGUUUCCAAUCAGUUUAGAACCAUUUCCAUGGGCCAUUUCCCAUGCCCAGAGUUCUUGGAAAUAGAGAAGACCAGCUUUUUGCAUGAACAAUCUUGUGAUUCAGCAGGAGAAGGCUCAGAAAAAAUUCACCAAGAUUCGGAGUCCGGAGAUGAACUCAGUAGUAGUUCCACAGAACAAGUGCAGCCAACUACUCCGCCAAGCCAAGGGAGGCCUGAUUCACCAGUUUAUGCUAAUUUACAAGAACUGAAAAUAUCUCAGUCUGCACUUCCACCACUACCUACAAGUGCUCCAGUCCAAAUAAAUGGGGAAUGGGAAACCCAUAAAGAUACGACAGGACGCUGUUAUUACUACAACAGAGGAUCACAGGAACGAACGUGGAAACCUCCGCGGUGGGCCCGAGAUGCAAGCAUUAAUAAAGGGGAUUCCCAGAGCCAUGCAGAUCAUGAGCAUCUUUCAUCAGAAGAAAACGACCACAGUUCUUGUUACAGCCAGUCAGAUAGUCAGUAUGGUUCUCCUCCAAAGGGUUGGUCAGAAGAGUUGGAUGAACAUGGUCAGACCUUAUAUACCAAUGACUAUACUAAUGAAAAGUGGAUAAAACACGCAGAUGAACAGGGUAGACCAUACUACUAUAGUGCCGAUGGUUCCAGAUCAGAGUGGGAGUUACCUAAGUAUAAUGCUUCACCACAGCAGCAGAGAGAUAUAAUAAAGAGUAGGAGUCUGGACAGGAGGCUACAAGAACCAAUAGUUUUAACAAAAUGGAGGCACAGCACAAUUGUGUUGGACACCAACGACAAGGAAUCAUCAACUGCUUCUAAGGCCAGUUUUCCUGAAAAUGAGUCAUCUCCUUCUUCACCAAAGCAUCAAGCCACAGGUCAAGAAAAGUAUGGGUUAUUAAAUGUGACAAAAAUUACAGAAAAUGGGAAGAAAGUUCGAAAGAAUUGGAUGUCAUCGUGGGCAGUGUUACAAGGGUCAUCGCUGCUGUUCACUAAAACCCAAGGAAGUGGAACUGGCUGGUCAUUUUGCCAAGGGGGUUCAAUUCCUGAGCUCUUGCUCUCGCUGCUUUCUUCUUGGAAAAAUGCUCUCAGUCAUCGACCUGCUGUCACCUAUGUAAACUCUGCCCAAGUUUCAGCUAUCACUAAGUUCGGUGUCAAUCAGUCCAAGCCAGAAUUUACAGUGGAUCUCAAAGGGGCACUGAUUGACUGGGCCUCGAAGGACAAAUCCAGCAAAAAGAAUGUUAUUGAGCUAAAAACUCGCCAAGGUACUGAGCUCUUAAUUCAAUCAGAUAAUGACAGCUUUAUUAAUGAAUGGUAUAAAGUUCUUAACUACACCAUCAAUAAUCAGGUAAUAGAGUCUGAUGAAGCAUUAGAUGAUGAGGUGCCGGAUUCCCCUGGAGUGGAAAAGCAAGACAAAGAGAAAGAAAAUAAAGAUUCUAAGAAACUUCGUUCCGUGAAAGCACCCAGCAAUAUAGACUCCACAGAUCAGAAAAAGACCAAAACGAAGCUCAAGAAGUUUCUUACGCGGCGCCCUACAUUACAAGCUGUCCGUGAAAAAGGCUACAUUAAGGAUCAAGUUUUUGGUUCAAAUCUCACCAGCUUGUGUCAAAGAGAAAACAGCACGGUGCCAAAGUUCGUGAAGCUGUGCAUUGAGCAUGUUGAGGAACAUGGAUUAGAUAUUGAUGGCUUAUACAGAGUUAGUGGCAAUCUUGCAGUGAUACAGAAGCUGAGAUUUGCAGUCAAUCAUGAUGAGAAGCUGGACUUGAAUGAUAGUAAAUGGGAGGAUAUCCAUGUCAUUACAGGAGCUCUAAAAAUGUUCUUCAGGGAAUUGCCAGAGCCGCUGUUCACUUACAACCACUUCAAUGACUUUGUCAAUGCAAUUAAGCAAGAACCAAGGCAGCGUGUCCCUGCUGUUAAAGAUUUAAUCAAGCAGUUGCCAAAACCAAAUCAGGACACGAUGCAGGUACUCUUUAGGCACCUGAAAAGAGUUGUAGAAAAUGGAGAAAAGAACCGAAUGACCUAUCAAAGUAUAGCAAUAGUUUUUGGUCCAACCUUAUUAAAACCAGAGAAAGAGACUGGUAACAUAGCAGUCCACACAGUAUACCAGAAUCAGAUUGUAGAGUUAAUUCUACUGGAAUUGAAUUCCGUCUUUGGACGCUGACAUUUUUCAUGGAGAAGAAGAAACUGGAAGUGAUGGGUUGGCAGCACUACUCCAUCAGAAGGAAAACCUCUUCCUGUAUAUGAUGUUUUAUGUUUGUGGACCAAGCAGCAACUUGUUUUUUGCACUUUUGGGGAGGGGAGAAACAGGAGAAAUGUUUGACCACUUUAAUGCGAAUUAAAGACAACACUUCAGAUUUCUUUGAAAAGCUCAAUAUAAAAAGUGAAUUGAAAAGUU